AUGAUCAACUUCAAAUUUUUACUGGCAGUAUCUUCUGUAUUAGCUGUGUCUACCGUUGAGGCCAGGCUAAGAGCGUCAGAAUUCGGUCCCAGAAUUCAGUCAAUAGCGCCACGCUUACACUCAAUAUGUAAGUUUAGAACUGGUGUACUUGAUUAUUCGAUUAACAGUGUGAUAAAUGGAGUAUUUAUUGAUGAUCCGUUGAUAAAGUCUUACGCGGCAUGUCUUUUUAGGGAAAGCAACUUGAUGUCCGCGAGAGGCGAAUUCAAUUAUGAAUUAGGAGCCUAUCUUCUUCCUGCAGAUAUCAAAGAUGAGGCUAUAUCGAAUGCUAAAUAUUGUGACACAGAAAUAAGAGGUAGCGCGAAAGUAGAAGAUAGGUUGUACGAAUUAUUGAAAUGUUUCUACAGUCUAGAUCCUGACAUAUUCAUAUUCUUCUAAGAACGGAAACAGGUAGUUAUGUUUAGAAAAAACUGUGAAUUGGAUCCCUACUUUUAGAAGUAAUAAGUACAACGUUUCUAUAUAUGCAAUUUUUGUGUUACUACAAAUAAAGAUUUUAAUGUGAAA